GUGAAAACAUCUCUCUUCUAAUGCCCCUCCUAAACAAAACAAGUUGUAUUGCUUCAGUUUCCUGACACAACUUAACUAAAGUCCAUGUGCACUCAUUGGUACAAAAUGUGGGAAUGUGAUGAGGAAAACUUGCCCGGAGCCGGUUUUUUAGCUCUGCCCAGCUGCAGGUCUUUUUGCUCAUGAUACUGAGCCAUGGCAAAGCCAUGUGAGUGGUCCUAGCCCAUUUCAGUACACACAGUAAAUUAUAUCUAGGUAUCUGCUGAUACUGCAUGAACUCAGACUAGGAAUACCCACUAAUGGGCCUAACUUUACUAACAGUAAAAUUUUUCAGAAAAUGUUUCAAAAGGUUAUUAACAGCUGUGGUGAGACAACAAUCCUUCCUCAAGGACUUUAUACUGCCUUUUCCAGUAUUUUUAGUAGAAAUCUCAAAAGCAGGUUUUAAGGAUCUCUGCUGCAAAGUAGUACAAUCUCAUAAAGCCAAUGCCUGGUGGAAAACCCUGGCAGAGACAAGGCAUGUAGGUAGAGCUGAGGCUUUUUAACCUUCCUUAUAUAUACCUGCCCCAGUUUAUGAUAUAUCUAUUGCAUUUCUGCAGAAAGUUUGUUUCUUUGUUUGUUUGUUCCUAUGCGCUAUUAUGGUGGUACAAAGUUUUCUGUCUUAAGAAAUACACUGAGAUCUUCCUGCCUUGGGCUUUUGGUUGUGCUCAUGGGCUCUUAAGUCUCAGUAGUAGGUGCCCCCACCUUGCUCCACCCUUCAGCAGGGCGUGUAAAUCGGGGGCUGGCCAGGGAGUCCCAGCCCCGGGAUGCUCCCGGCUCCCGGCCAGGGCUCAGCCAGCGCUACGGCUGGCGACUAAGCCUUGCUGUAAGCUGGACAGCAGGAGGAAAGUUUGUCGGUCCCGCUUUCUCUUUCCAUCAGUCUCUGCGGUGUGAAGACUGCUGCAAUUAGCGCAACAGCCUGAAAUAGAGGGCUCUAGACAUCUUCCUUCUGCUCAAGCUCUCCCGGAGGACCUCACGGCUGUUCCAAGCUGCAGAAAAAUGUACUGGGGAAAUCAUCUUAGAAUUCUUUUCACUGCGACUCUGGUCUGGCAGGCUGUUCAUUUAGAAAAAGGCCCUGAAAGUGAAGAAUGGAAAGAAGAUGUGAAAAGUCUCAAUGUUACAGCACAAAAGCGGCAGCCCAAGAACGAAGGUUCCUUUAUAAAUGCGCUCAGUGAUAUGAGUCAGAGUUAUGAAAGUAGAAAGCAGCAGAGUUCCAGGUCUUUUGUACCUUUCACUGGAAUUACAGAGAGUAAAAAACUGAACAGACGCUGCUGCCAGAACGGAGGGACCUGUAUCCUGGGGACCUUCUGUGCCUGCCUAAAGCACUUCACUGGCAGAUACUGUGAAUAUGAUGAGCGGCAAAGCAACUGCGGCAGCAUCCCCCACGGCGUCUGGGUGCUGCAGGACUGCUGGCUGUGUCGGUGUGGCUAUGGUACACUGCACUGUCUCUCAGAAAUAAGGCAGAGUAACUGCGAGCUGACAUCAGAAACAGCGGAAAUUAUCAGACUGUAUUCUAAUGGCUUAAGAUUACAGCAAACAGUGUUUUCAGUCACUUGUCUGCUCGCCGUCCUUCUGGAGUUCUGCUAGCUGUGAAACUGGACAAGGGGAAAUACUCAGGGUUAAUAUAACACUCACCAAGAAUCAUACAUUUCUUCUAUGAGAUACAGAAGAUUCUUCUACCUGCAUGUUGGAGGCAGAUUAAGGUGCAUUAGCUAAUGUUUAAUACCUGGGUUAUUAUAAAUUCAGAUUAUAUGAACACUACGUAUUUAUUAUUAUAUUAUUAUAUUAAUACUGCUAUCAAUGUCUGAUUCUAACGAUUCUUUAUUUUCAAAAUACUGCUCUUCCAGUGGAAGCAAAGCCCCCCCCCCUAUAUUUUAUGCCUGAAGUAUUGUAAAUUAUAGUAAUUUCUUUUGUACACAGUACAACUCUUGGAACAAAUAAAACUGAUUUCAUUUCUGAAAACUUUGUUUAACUUUAUUUGAACUUGAAAAUUCUUAUCUACCAUUUGUCAUUAUAUUUUAUCUUGUAAGAAAAACUCAGGGUAGAAUGAGCAAACAGAAAUUUGGCACCAUAAGAGAGAUUUAAGAGUAGACAUCUUUCAAGCCUUAAUAUGAGAAUUGUAAAAGUUACAUC